AUGAACACAUGACCAUCAUUUCAAGCUUCAACGGUUUCUGUCACAAACACGAUACAGAAAUUCUCAAUUAAUACACUUUGAAAAUUUUACUCCAUUUAUGAUGUGGAAAUCAGUUUUUCUUUUUACAGUUUUCUUUUCUUUUGCUAGUUGUUAUACCGUCCCUUGUAUUGGGUGUUAUGAUUAUAUAGUUGCUGAUGUCAAGGAUGUUAAAGUAAUAGCAGCGGCUACUGACGCUGUGAAGCUGUUUUCGAGUCUGAAAGCUUCUAAUUACCAUUACAGACUUCUCGAAAUUACAGAUGCUGGAAAGUCAUUAUGUUUCCUCACACAUAUGUGUGGGAAAAAAGCAGCCUAUAAAAUGAAUGUCGUGGUCGGUCUUACAACAUGCCUGAAAGAGGAAUAUGAUUACAAAAAUGUCCAACAAUGCCCUUUACGCAGUAUGAAGGAUAACUUGAAGUGCAAAGUUGAAACAAAGGCGAAUGAUAAAGGCGAAUACAUUUACAUUCAAACUUUUUGUGACAUGUAAAAGAAGACAUCAAAGGAUUUUUCAGGGUGUUCCGUAAUUACUGUUUUUAGUUUACAGUUUGCCGUAAAAUUCAUAGUUCUAAUUUCUUUGUCAUAAAUGAAGUCUAAAAAGUAUACGCAUUUGAAUUUGCAAAAAUAUUUAAGCGAAAAAAAAAUUGAAAACUAUAAAAAUUUCGAAAUUUGUUUGAUGCCAGAGGAAUCUAAGAUUUGAGGGAAAAGGAAUUACUUGAAGCACUUUUGAGUUUUUUUCGGCAAAUUAAACAGGUCUUUACAUUUUCAAUCUCAACGUCCUUAAUAGGGAUUUGUCAGAUUUUGAUGGCGUUCUUGUUUUUUCCUCUCUUGCAUAUUAGUUUGUCCUUCUAGUUUAUGCCUUUUUUGUUUAAUUUUUGACAAAAAAGUUUACAAACGCGUACUAAAGGAGGUGAUUUCGGAAGACUCUGUAUGAAUACCUACUGCAAAGUUCUAAAAACCUUUGUAUUUAAUGUGAAGUAUAUCAAUAAAUGUAUAUUAUGUGAGAAGAUUUUGAAUGAAAGCAAAUUAUAGUUUUAAAGUACCGGGUGAAAAAUCCCGAGAAAACUGGAAGGAAAUUGGAACUAAUGCUCGUAAAAAAAAGAUAGAAAAUGAAGCUCGUCGUGAUGCCCUUGCUUCAUUUCUAUGAAUGUUAUUAUUCAGUAAAUGCCUAGACGUGAAUCUUUUAGUGAUUUCUUGUUCUUGUGUUAAUUCCAGAACUCAAUAUUUUUACAAGGCCUGCCGGACUCAUUAGUCUGCAAAAAAUACAUGCUAUUAUCAUAAUAAAAAAUAUUUUUAUUUGCAGAAAGAGAGAAGUAC